UGAGAGUUUUAGCUGUUUAGCUCCAUUCAGCGCGGUGAUGGGGUGUAAUGUGAUAUGGAGGGGGCGGAGCUCUACAUAACCCGAGUGAGGCUGAGCUUCGGGCUCUGCAGUUCUUUCGCAGCGCCUGAGGAGGAAGAGCAGGAUCAGCUGAACUACAGAAGAAUAAACAACCAGGAUAUUUAAUAAAUAGCAGUGUUAAACUGCUGAAAGAGGUGAAGCACAAGCCAUCCAGAAGAAUCUCCUGAAAACGCAGAAAUUGUUUGCUACAUUUCAGACAGAUGGAGCCAAGUCCCGACAUGGAGAAACAUCAGCACUCUGUCAAGAGUUUUACUAAACAGAGUGAUAUCAAAAAACACCAGCGCAUUCACACAGGAGAGAAACCGUAUUACUGCUCAGACUGUGGGAAGAGUUUUACUCAACAGAGGAAUCUCAAAAAACACCAGCGCAUUCACACAGGAGAGAAACCGUAUUACUGCUCAGACUGUGGGAAGAGUUUUACUGCACAGAGUAGUCUCAAAAAUCACCAGCGCAUUCACACAGGAGAGAAACCGUAUCACUGCUCAGACUGUGGGAAGAGUUUUACUGAACAGAGUACUCUCAAAAUACACCAGCGCAUUCACACAGGAGAGAAACCGCAUCACUGCUCAGACUGUGGGAAGAGUUUUACUGCACAGAGUAGUCUCAAAAAUCACCAGCGCAUUCACACAGGAGAGAAACCGUAUCACUGCUCAGACUGUGGGAAGAGUUUUACUGAACAGAGUACUCUCAAAAUACACCAGCGCAUUCACACAGGAGAGAAACCGUAUCACUGCUCAGACUGUGGGAAGAGUUUUACUGAACAGAGUACUCUCAAAAUACACCAGCGCAUUCACACAGGAGAGAAACCGUAUUACUGUUUCGACUGUGGGAAGAGUUUUACUAAACAGAGUAAACUCAAAAAUCACCAGCGCAUUCACACAGGAGAGAAACCGUAUCACUGCUCAGACUGUGGGAAGAGUUUUACUGCACAGAGUAGUCUCAAAAAUCACCAGCGCAUUCACACAGGAGAGAAACCGUAUCACUGCUCAGACUGUGGAAAGAGUUUUACUACACAGAGUCAUCUCAAACUGCACCAGCGCAUUCACACAGGAGAGAAACCAUAUCACUGUUCAGACUGUGGGAAGAGUUUUACUUUACAGAGUGAACUUAUAUUACAUCAGUGCAUUCACAAAAGAUAGAAAAGUAUCCCAAAUCUGUUCCUCUGCCAUAAAAAAUGCAAACCUUAAAUCUUUCAGACAGCCAAAAACACCUCAUCAUGCACAAAAUCUUCACUCUGUUACAAGAACUUCAUUUAAAAAUGGCUUUUUACAGGUUCAGAAAAAUGAAUCUUAUCCAGAGAUGAUGUUUACUGAAUUUCAUGCUGUGUUUUUAUGUAUGUUUGUAUACCUACAUUAGUUAAUGCCUGCAGAGCUCUUCAACACUUAGUGUUGUGUUUUAAGAGGUUUUUACACACAGAAUCAUAAAUGGUACCACUAACAGCAUAAACUAGGAACAUACAUUUUUAAAAUUUUUUCAGUGAUAUGCUGAAUAAAUAGUAAAGCGAUGAUGCUAGCUCAGAGUAAAAUCGUAUAUUAAAUCUCAGCAUUAGCUUUAGAACUAAUAAUAAACAAAAGUGAGGAUUUUA